AUGUUGACCUCAAGACAGGCUGAUCGGGAGCUGAAGAAGUUUGAGGAAGCACAACAGCCAUCGGCUGCGGAUUUUAUGCGUUUGAUCCAGUCGCAACAGGAGAGAUAUUUCAACAUUUCAUCUUUGCUCCUUUCCAUUACAAAAGAGGACGGCAAGUCUGAAACAAAGGUUCCGCCCGACAAGCAAUCCUUUCACUCAAUAUCAAUAAGGUGUGAUGAUGGAGCCGUCUUGGAAAUUUUAAUACGUGAAAACGAUAACUAUGUUGUUGGUUUUCGUGUAUAUCUCAACAUCGAGGCUAGGAAUGAAACCCCGUGGAGAACCUUUGGUGUGAAGUUGCCUAGCCGAUUGUGGGUAUCUGAGCCAACAAAGUAUAAGUCUCAACAUGGGGAACUGGAAAAGGUGCAAUUUGGUCAAGGAAUUCUCUUGAAAAUUGUCGAUUUUCUUAAAGAUCUUCAACGUCAUCCUGACCAAGAAAUGACAGACUUAGGCCAGAGAUAUGUUUGCACACUCUUCCUCUUGUUUGGCGAGGCACAGAGAUUUGCCAAGGCCAGGCAGUGGGUUCUUGAUGCUGUUGACAGUCCCAUUGCGUUGACGAACCUGUAUGGAGUUGUCAAAGACAGGAAUGGAGUUGUAUGUGGCUAUGUGGGAGGAAAGGAAUUUGUUGUUCAAGUACAAAGGAAGGUUUGA